UUUGGGGCUUUAGGAAGAAUAGAGACGGCAAUGAACAGGACAAGGAAUGAGGUCACAUACACUCAGAGUAACCCACUGUUUGACAUGUCACUCAGCAGGAGUGAUCUCUACAGCCUUCAGCCUGAUGAUCUGAAGUCAUUUUUCACACUGGAGGCUUCACUGGCUCGGCCCAGAUCAGAGGGGCAAACGUCCAAUGAUGUUUCUCAUGGUUAUGAAAGCUUCCAAACUCUCAUACAAAACAACAGUCAAGAAACCAAGAACCUGAGACACCACCUAUGGACGCUGGAGAGCCAGAUUAAAGGCCUGUGUGGCGAGGAAGGUCAGCUGGACAAACUGAAGACCGACCUGAGCCUGCUCAAUACCACCACCCAUAACCUGGAAGGCAAACUAACAGUCAUCAGCUUGAAGCCAGGACCCCCAGGUCCUCCAGGCACCAAUGGACAUCCAGGUACCCGAGGAGAAAAAGGCAGCAAAGGAGACCAUGGAGAUAACGGCCUUCCAGGACCAAAGGGUGAAAGGGGAGACAAAGGAGAACAAGGAGAGCCAGGUCCUAGGAGUCCACCUGGGGAUCAAGGAGCAGGUGCAAAGGGAGAGAAAGGCGACCCUGGCAGUCCAGGUCCUAGAGGGCCAAGUGGUUACAAUGGAACACAAGGUCUUCCUGGGCCACCAGGUACCAAAGGAGAGAAGGGAGAGAUGGGAACAGAGUUGACUGUGCGUCUUGUGCCAGGAAAAAACCAAGGACGAGUGGAAGUGAAGCACAACAAUAUCUGGGGCACUGUGUGUGAUGACAGAUUUGACCGUGUGGAUGGCUUGGUGAUCUGUAAGAUGCUGGGCUUCCAGACUGUCCAUUCCACCUUUAUUGCCGCCCCAGGGUCUGGCAAGAUCUGGCUGGACGAGCUGCGGUGCACAGGAGCCGAGGACAAUAUCUUUGAUUGCCCUCAAGGUAAAAUCGGUGUUAAUGACUGCAACCACAAUGAAGACGCUGGGUUACACUGUCUGUAGACUGAAGACGGAAUCGCUGCUCUCGUGGAAUCAAGAGCAACAAAAUGUUUUCAGAAACUCAGUGUUCAGUAUAUAUCACAGGAAAUAUUACACAUUUUACUUCACUGUUUUGCUCAAAACUGACUUUAAUGAUUGAGCUUUAAAAACCUGUUAUGAGCUUGUGAUUCAGUACUAUACAAAAGCCUGCACAUUAAUGACGUAACAGUAAUUUUCCUUGUAGAUCACUAUAAAAUAUUCCUGAUAAAUUAA